UCUUACUCUCCAAGACACUUGCUAUUAUUCUUCCAGUCUCCCCGUUUCUUCCUUUAUUCUCACUAGAUUGAGAGCUAGGGCUUUUUCUCUUUCAUUCUUCAAUUUCUCUGCUCGUUCGAUCUCUUCGCUUACCUAAGAUGGACAAAUCGUCGCUCGAUGUGGAGCAGCCACACUCCAUGGGAACCACCAUCAUCGGCGUCACUUACAACGGUGGUGUCGUCCUCGGCGCCGAUUCUCGCACCAGCACUGGAAUGUAUGUGGCGAAUAGGGCUUCAGAUAAGAUCACUCAGCUCACUGAUAAUGUGUAUGUUUGUCGCUCUGGAUCGGCUGCAGAUUCACAAGUUGUUUCAGACUAUGUGCGCUACUUUCUACACCAACACACGAUACAGCUUGGCCAGCCAGCGACUGUCAAGGUUGCGGCAAGUCUUGUUAGGCAACUAUCCUAUAACAAUAAGGCUAUGCUUCAAACCGGAAUGAUUGUUGGUGGAUGGGACAAAUACGAAGGGGGUAAAAUAUAUGGAAUUCCUCUUGGGGGAACACUCUUGGAGCAGCCUUUUGCUAUUGGAGGGUCUGGAUCUAGUUAUUUGUAUGGUUUCUUUGAUCAAGCAUGGAGGGAAGGAAUGUCUCAAGAAGAAGCAGAGAAACUGGUUGUGACUGCAGUGUCUCUUGCCAUUGCACGAGAUGGUGCAAGUGGUGGCGUAGUACGCACUGUAACUAUUAACAAAGAUGGAGUUAAAAGAAAGUUCUAUCCGGGUGAUACUCUUCCACUUUGGCAUGAGGAGAUAGAGGCUGUGAACUCACUACUGGAUAUUGUGCCUGCAGCAAGUCCAGACCCAAUGGUUAUCUGAGAAUAGAAAAUUGACUGUCAACAUGUAUUUCUCCCUGUUGUGGAUUAUUGGCCAUGCCCUCCCUUUGACCUUUAUAUACCUUUUAAGGCCUGAGAAUUCCGAUUCUGUAAUGUCGUAUUUGCUUCAAAAAUUUAUUUCCUGACUAUGUUUCAAAACAGGAAAAGGAAGGUUAAUUGAAGUGUACUUUUCCUUUUGUA